AUGAUGGUUCCUAAAAUUGAGGCUUCGUGCGAGCAGAAGUACGAUCGGAGAAGUGAAUUGAAGGCAUUUGAUGACACACAGUCUGGUGUUAAAGGACUUGUUGAUGCUGGCGUUACCAAAAUUCCUCGGAUAUUCAUUAAUCCACCUGAAAUUGAUGCACACAAAACAUCAGAGAAGGCCGAAUUUAUUUUUCCGGUAAUAGAACUUGAUGGCAUCACUAUGAAUCCAAAUAGACAUAAAGAGAUUGUCGAUAAGGUCCGGGAUGCAUCAGAGACCUGGGGAUUCUUUCAAGUGGUUAAUCAUGGUAUACCUGUAAGUGUUUUGGAGGAAAUGAUAAAUGGAACGCGCAGAUUUCACGAGCAGGAAGUUGAGACUAAGAAGCAGUAUUAUACACGAGAUUUGACUAGAAGGGUAGUCUAUAAUAGUAACUUUGAUUUGUAUAGUUCACCAGCAGCUAACUGGAGGGAUUCAUUUAUCUGCCAAAUGGCUCCUAAUCCUCCUAAGCCUGAGGAAUUGCCCGUAGCAUGCAGAGAAAUUAUGAUGGAAUAUUCAAAGCAAGUAAUGGAAUUGGCACGCACUUUGCUUAAAUUGUUAUCAGAGGGUCUAGGACUGGAGACGAACCACCUGAUAAACAUGGACUGUGCAGAAGGGCCUGGAAUAGUCUGCCACUAUUAUCCAGCUUGUCCAGAGCCCGAACUCACAUUCGGCACGACCAAGCAUUCCGACAAUGAUUUCAUAACAGUGCUUCUACAAGACAAUCUAGGAGGCCUUCAAGUGCUACAUCAAAAUCAGUGGGUUGAUGUUCCUCCUGCACCUGGUGCCUUGGUGAUAAAUAUUGGAGAUCUUCUACAGCUUAUAUCAAACGACAAAUUCAAAAGUGCUGAACACAGAGUACUAGCAAGCCAUGUUGGUCCAAGAAUAUCUGUGGCUAGUUUUGUUAGCUCGGGGUUUUACCCGACCUCAAAGGUCUAUGCACCAAUUGAGGAGCUGUUGUCAGAAGACAAUUCACCUAAGUAUCGUGGAACCACUGUGAAGGAGUACGCAGACUACUUCCGUGACAAAGGGCUUGAUGGCACUUCUGCCUUACCUCAUUUCAAACUGAAACCAGAUGUAGAUAUGUGA